AUGUCCAAACUUAUGAUUGGACACUUAAACAUCAACUCAAUCAGAAAUAAAUUUGAACAUUUAAACAAUCUCUUGUGUGAUAAAGUUGAUAUUUUCUUAGUAUCAGAAACAAAACUUGAUGGAAGCUUUCUGAACUCACAAUUUCAUAUGGAUGGUUUUUAUCCACCAUUCAGAAACGAUAGAAACCAAUAUGGUGGAGGUGUUAUGUUUUAUGUUAGAAAUAACAUUGUUUGCAGAGAAAUCGAUAAAUCGUCCUUACCAGAAGAUAUAGAAGCAAUAUUUUUGGAAAUUAAUUUACUAUCAGAAACAAAACUUGAUGGAAGCUUUCUGAACUCACAAUUUCAUAUGGAUGGUUUUUAUCCACCAUUCAGAAACGAUAGAAACCAAUAUGGUGGAGGUGUUAUGUUUUAUGUUAGAAAUAACAUUGUUUGCAGAGAAAUCGAUAAAUCGUCCUUACCAGAAGAUAUAGAAGCAAUAUUUUUGGAAAUUAAUUUACGUAAACAAAAAUGGAUUGUUGCUGGCAUUUAUAAACCACCAUCCUUGAAUACUAAAUAUUUUACAAGAUGCAUUCGUGAGUUUCUUUCGAAAAUUAAUUCUGAUAAUAUUAUUUUAAUAAGUGAUUUCAAUGCUGUUGAACAUGACGAUGAUAUGUUACUUUUUAAUUCAGAGUUGCGUUUAAAAAACCUCAUUAAAAAACCAACGUGUCACAAAUCAUUACAAAAUCCAUCAUGUGUCGAUCACAUAUGGGUGUCUGAUUCUAAACGAUUCCACCACACCAGCAUUUUGGAAAACGACCUUUCUGAUUAUCACGAUAUAGUUGUAACUUUCUUAAAUGUGGAAAUACCAAAGAAAGAUCCUAAAAUUAUAAAUUAUCGUUGUUACAGACUUUUUAAUGACGAACAUUUUAAACAUGACCUUGAGUCACUUAUUGCAUCAAACAAUGACUUAAAUUACAACGACUUUAACGAACAAUUCAGUCAGUUGGUCAGCAAACACGCCCCUAUAAAAUACAAAGUUGUUAGAAAUAAUAACUCCCCAUUUAUAACAAAAGCAGUACGAAAGGAGAUAAUGAUUCCAUCGAGAUUUAAAAAUAUCUACAAUAAGCACCCUUCUAUUAAAAACUGGGAAAACUUUAAAAGGCAAAGAAACAAAUGUGUCACUGUUUGUAGAGACGCGAAAAGAAUUUAUUACACAUCACUAAAUAUGAACAACAUUUUUGAUAACAAAAAGUUCUGGAAAACUGUAAAGCCGAUACUUUCCAACAAAUGUGUAAAAGAUACAGUCCAAGUAAUAGUUGAAAAUGAUCAAAUAAUUCGUGAAAAAGAACAUAUAGCAAAUAUAAUAAAUGAUCAUUUUGUUAAUGUCACGAAUUCUUUGAAUAUUGAUGGAAUUCCGCACGAAAACUAUAACGAUAUUAAAAACGAUAUUGAAAACGUCAUCAAGAAUUACGAACAGCAUCCAAGUAUAAUAUGGAUAAAGAAACAUGUUACCACUACCAACAAAAUGAGCUUCAAAUCAAUUGAAAUUGACAUCAUGAAAAAGUAUAUUGGUAACCUAAAAGAAAACAAAUCUGGUCCCAAAGGAGCAAUUCCACCAUGUUUCCUCAAAUAUUACGUCGAUGUGCACGGAGAACAUAUCAACAAGCUGUUUGAGAAAUCUAUUGUCGAUGAAGUUUUCCCUGGAGCAAUGAAAUUGGCUGAUAUUUAUCCACUAUUUAAAAACGGAGAUGGUUCAUCAAAAUUGAAUUAUCGUCCUGUUAAAUCGUGGCGAAAAGAUCUUGAUAAAGGAAAUGCUGUAGGGGCGCUAUUGAUGGAUUUGAGUAAAGCAUUUGAUUGUGUGGAUCAUAAUCUGUUAAUAGCGAAACUACAUGCAUAUGGUUUCUCAAAAAGUGCUUUAGGUCUUUUAAGGAGUUAUCUCACCAAUCGGUUCCAAAGAGUCGGAAUUGAUGGCUAUUUCAGCUUGUGGAAAGAAAUUAUUAGUGGUGUUCCACAAGCAUAUUUAAUUACUGCCCUCUUAUAUGGGGAUUUUCAAGUGGAGAUCUACUACAUAAAGUUAAUAGCAUUCAUAGUAGAGCAAAUAGACUUUUAUGCGACAGAAUUGAAAAUGAAUGCAGAAUCAGUAUUCAUGAAAAGUUCUGCCAAAAAUUGUUAA